AUGACAGCCGGCACUGAGCCCGUCCAGCACGGCAUUGCUCAUCUCAAGAACAACACGGACCCGAAAUGGUGGAAGGACAAGGGCAUGCGCAAGCUAUGCCUUGCCAUUUUCGUCGGGUUCUGUUGCUCGAUCCAGACCGGCUAUGAUGGUGCGCUUAUUGCAUCGCUGCUCGCCAACCCCCGAUUCUUCGCCGCCCUCGGCAAUCCAACUGCGAGCAAACUUGGCCUUAUCGUCGCCUCACAGUCGAUGGGCACCAUCCCGGGCCUCAUCCCCUCCGCAAUUCUCUCAGACAAGUUCGGACGCCGGGUGGGGCAGAUGUGCGGAUACCUCAUCCUCAUGGCUGGUGCCAACACGCUUGCCUUUGCCAGUCCGCUCAGCCCCAACUACAUGAUUGCCGGACGCGUCAUCAUCGGCUUCGGAUCGGGAAUGACCACCAUCGCGGGCGCACCAUACACGGCUGAGAUCGCUCACCCUCGCAACCGUCCUCAGGCCACUGCCCUCGUUCAGACCUGCUUCUUCGUCGGCAGUGUUGCCUCGGCCUUCAUCGCCCUCGGCACAUUCAAGGGCAUCGACAACGACUGGAGCUGGCGCCUGCCUCUACUCCUGCACAACGUCGUGCCAGUGAUCGUGCUUUCGCUCAUCUGGUUCGUACCCGAGAGUCCACGUUGGCUCGUCAACAAGGGCCGUGUGGAGGAGGCCCACCAGAUUCUCGCCAAGUACCACGCCAACGGCAAGAUGGACGACGAGCUCGUACUGUGGGAGCUGCGUGAAAUCGAGCAAAGCAUCAAGAUCGAGCAGGCGGCCAAGUCGACCACGUUCUCCACGUUCUUCAAGACCAAGGGCAACCGCUGGCGCCUAGGCAUCAUCGUGACUACUGGCCUUGCCGCGCAGUGGGUCGGUAAUGGCAUUAUCACCUUCUACGUCGUCGCCAUCCUCAACACGGUCGGCAUCACCGACCCCGUCUACCAGACCAUCUACAACGGCUGCCUGCAGAUUUGGAACGGUAUUUCGGCCAUGACUGGCGCGCUCGUCUGUGAAAAAUUCGGCCGGCGGAAGAUCUGGCUCACAAGCAUUAUGGGGCAGUUCAUCUCGUACGCCAUCAUCACCCUCGGUUCAGCGCUCUUCGCCAACGGCAAUUCUGCGGCGGCGUACCCAGUCCUAGCCUUCCUAUUCAUCUAUUUCAGCUUCUACGCCAUCGCCUUCACCCCGCUCCUCCUCGCGUACCCGAUUGAGAUCCUGCCUUUCUCGCUCCGGUCCAAGGGCGUGUCCCUCCUCCUCAUCUGCUCGCUUAGCGCCACGCUCAUCAACACAUUCAUCAACCCCAUCGCUCUCGAGGCCCUCGAGUGGAAGUUUUACUUCCUCUUCCUCGGUGUCCAGGUCAUCGUCGGUAUCCUCAUCUUCAUCUACUUCCCCGAGACCCAGGGCCACUCGCUCGAGGAGAUUGCCGUCAUCUUCGACGGCCCCGCCGCCAAGGCUACGCCGGACGAUGCCGACGACUUCGCCGCCCCCGCCGAGCGCCGCCCUACUCUGGACCCUCCUUCGCAGUAGUGGUGCUGUACAUCCACACUAUCGCCUCUUGUGGGGGCUGUAUGAAAGAAUUUGUGUCCGG